UCGCAAUAAAGUAAGGUCACUUCUUCCAGCGAGUCAUUGCAUUCGUGCCGCUCUCGAACAUUCGGGCUUAUCUUGGUAAUUAAUAUUACCAGGUUUACCUCUCUUCUAUUUUUUUUCUUCUUCCUUACUUGGCUUAGUUUGGCCUUUGCCUCUUUCUUUUCCAUCUCAACAUCAGGCCCAAAAAGAGGAACCCUUUAAUUAGACGGUUUCUGUCCUGCCCAGACUGUCUUGGUACUGUACAGCAGCUCACCAUCUCUGUCCUUUCCGCAACCAACAAAACAGGUAGAUACAAUGUUCGGCUUCGGCAGUAAACGCAAGACAGAGGAGGACUCAUCUCCAGCCAAUGUGGAAGAUCAACUAGUCAGCCAGGUCGACGAUGCCGAUCUUGACAUUACACAAAGCCAGCCAUUUUGGACUGCCAUCUUGCCCGUGAUUGCGUGCGGCGCUGGACUUUUCUCAGACGGAUACAUCAAUAACGUUAUCGGAAGCGUAUCUACCGUCCUCGGAAGAGAGUAUGGUUCUGUGUACAACGACUCACAGGCCAAAAAAGUCGUCAGCGCCAUUGCAUUUGCAGGAACCGUUGUUGGACAACUCGCCUUUGGCUUUUUGUCUGAUCGCUGGUCAAGAACAAACUCACUUCUUAUCUCCACCAUCAUCUUGAUCGUCUUUACGGCGCUAGCUGCGGGAUCCUACUGGCAUGGAGAGGCCACGGGAAUGUUCACCAUGCUGGCUGUUUGGCGCUUCUUUGUCGGCAUUGGCAUUGGCGGAGAGUAUCCUGCGGGGUCUGUAGGCUGCGCAGAGUCUACGGGUGAGCUCAAAGCCGGCACGCGCAACAUGUUCUUUAUCCUCUUCACCAACAGCAUGAUAGACUGGGGUUUCGUAUUCGGCGCCUUUGUACCAUUCGUCGUUGCUGCUGCUGCCCAGAACCAGUACAUGAGCACCAUCUGGCGCACUAGCUUGGGCAUUGGUGUCGUAUUUCCUCUGGUCCUUCUGGUCAUGCGUUUCCGCUUGAAAGAGCCGGUUGAAUUCAGCAAGAACUCGUUCAGGCACGCCAAGACGCCGUAUAGACUGGUGCUCAGGUUCUAUGGGUGGAGGCUCUUGAUUGUGAGCUUGAUAUGGUUCAUAUAUGAUUUCCUUACCUACGCUUUUGGUAUCUAUUCUUCUACUAUUCUGGCAAAUAUCUUCCCAGAGGGACAGGCUUUAACCAUCGUGUUUGGUUGGAACACUGUCAUAAACCUGUUCUACAUCCCGGGAACAAUGCUUGGAGCACCUCUUAGUGACAAGAUUGGACCUCGAUAUGCUCUUGCCGCUGGCGUGAGUGCCCAGGCAGUCAUAGGCUUCAUAAUGGCAGCUCUGUACCCUCACUUGGCCCAGGCCUCCAACGUCGCCGCAUUUGCCGUAGUCUACGGCAUCUUCCUGUCCAUGGGCGAGCUGGGACCCGGAAACAAUAUUGGUCUCCUCGCCGCCAAGACCUGCGCGACCGGUGUUCGUGGACAGUACUACGGCAUCGCGGCAGCCAUCGGCAAGAUCGGCGCCUUCGUCGGCACCUACGUCUAUCCCUACAUCGAGGCGGCGGGCGGAGAAAACGCCGUUGCCUCUGCCCAGUACCCCUUUUACGUCUCGUCAUCGUUGUGCGUCGUCUCGGCCGCCUUGGCCAUCUUUUGCCUGCCCCACAUCGGCCAGGACACCAUCACGCUUGAGGACAAGCGAUUCAGGGAGUUCCUCGAGGCCAACGGCUACGACACGCGCCAGAUGGGGCUCAACAAGGGCGAGAGCCUCGAGGACUCCGAGGCCGGCGCUGCCGAGAAGGGUGGCGCUGCUGCGGCUGCUGCGGAGGCGUGAUUGGAAUUUAAAGAAGUCUUUGAGGGUUAAUCGGAAGGGAAGCGCCACAGGAGCAAGACGCACUCUUUCGCCACAAGCCAGCCCUGAACGCACACGGACAAGGGCCUGAAUCUGACGUGUUGACGAGUUUGGAGACUUAUAAAUUUAUACCAUUCAAAUAAUUGAGACACACAAAUGGCCGUGAUAAACCAAAUCCA